AUGGAUCUUGUGGUCAACAAAAUUAAGUCACAAGGAGAUAUUUUUCAUGAACUCUUUGGGCAGAAGCCACACCAUGUUGCUAAUAUCACCCCGGAUAAAAUCCAUGCGUGUGACGUUCACGAGGGUCAUUUUGGAAAGCCCGGCUCUAUCAUUUGUUGGGAUUAUACUUUUGAAGGGAAGAAAUGUGUAGUAAAGGAGUUAGUUGAAGAAAUAGAUGAAGAGAAACAAUAUAUGAAAUUCAAAGUCAUUGAAGGAGAUCUCCUUGAAGAGUUCAAGAGCUUGAACAUUAUUCUUCAUGUUAUUCCUAAUGGUGAAACAACAAUUGUGAAGUGGAUUGCUGAGUUUGAGAGGUUUGCUGUUGAUGGGCCCUAUCCAACCAAGAUCAUGGACUUUGCUAUUGGUAUCACCAAGGAUGUCGAGGCUCAUCAUCUAAAUGAACAAUAAUAUACUUCGUAUAUGUACUAUUUUUGUUCUUCCUGUUUUAAUUUUAUUUUUCCGAAAAGAAAAAGUCAAAAUAGAAAGAACAAAAUUAAAGAGAUUGAUGGAAUAUUAAUUUGUCAUUGACAUAAGUGCAUGUUGUAAUUGUGUGCUCGUAUUUUGUAUCUUAUUGUGUGCCAUUGGUAUCACCAAGGAUAUCGAGGCUCAUCAUCUAAAUGAACAAUAAUAUUACUUCGUAUAUGUACUCUUUUUGUUCUUCCUGUUUUGAUUUUAUUUUUCCGAAAAGAAAAAGUCAAAAUAGAAAGAACAAAAUUAUAUAGACUGAUGGAGUAUUAAUUUGUCAUUGAAAUAAGUGGAUGUUGUAAUUGUGUGCUCGUAUUUUGUACUCCGUAUCUUAUUGUAUGAGAAAUAGUGAUUUGUUAUUGUGAAAUGUUGUUUAUGUUAGAACAUCGAAG